UCUUCUGUGUGUUUAUAUUAUAUUUUUUCUAGCUAUAAAGAAGGUCAAACAAAGCAAUUUAGAAUUCUAUACAACAAAACAAGAAUAAAGUUAAUAAAAAAUAAUUCUCAUGGCCAGUGGUUCAAAAAAUAUAAAUUAUAAGACAUUGAGCGACGAAGAAAACAAAGUUCUUAUACACGAACAUCAUCUGCAGCAGCAGCAGAACGAUAACGAAGCAACGAACAAUGAUGAGGACACUCCUCGAAAUAGUGGUGUUCUUUUGCACACAGUACCCGAAAUAAAUCGAUCACGAUGGAAUCAUAUCGAGGAUUUAGAUUCGUUUUUUACACGCAUGUAUCACUACCAUCAGAAGCAUGGCUUUGUGAUAAUUGUUUUGGAUGAGAUAUUCCAGCUCGUGCAAUUCGCCUUUGUUAUUUGGCUCAUCACAUUUACUGUGCAUUGUAUUAAUCAUGAUAUACUCUUUGGCAACGAGUUGCCAGCAGACAAUCAUACGAAAAUUUCAAUAGCUGAUGUAAUAAUACCAAUGGAUAAGUGCGUAGAUAAUUUUGGAGGUCUCACAGUAUUGGUGCUGUUUAUUGCGUCGAUUUAUUUAUUAAUACGCAGUGUCAAAGUGUUGUAUCACCUGUGCCAAUAUUGGGACAUUAAGAAAUUCUACAAUACUGCUUUGCACAUCGACGAUGGUAAUUUGGAUAAUAUUACUUGGCACGAGAUCAAAAAGAAGGUCCGGGAGGUGCAGGCCGAACAGCAUAUGUGCAUUGAUAAAGAUCAUUUGACUGAUUUGGAUAUUUAUCAUCGUAUAUUGAGAUUUAAAAAUUAUUUAGUAGCAUUAAUGAAUAAAAAUCUGCUGCCAGUACGUUUCACGGUGCCAUUAUGUGGGGAGGUGGUUAUGCUUUCAAGAGGAUUGCUAUUCAACAUUGAUUUGAUACUGUUUCGCAGUCCAGGAUCACCAUUCCAAAACAACUGGCAACUAAGAGAUGACUACUCAAUAAGAGGCAACCAAGUAGAGCUGGCAAAAAGGUUGUCGAAUCUUAUUUUCUGGAUAGCAAUAGCUAACUUUCUAUUAUCACCACUGAUAUUUGUAUGGCAAUUAAUAUACUUUUCUUUCACCUAUGCCAAUGUAUUGAAGAAGGAACCCGGGGCUCUGGGUAUGCGUACUUGGUCCAACUAUGGCCGUUUAUACUUGAGGCAUUUCAAUGAAUUGGAUCAUGAACUGGAUGCUCGUCUGAAUCGAUCUUACGAAUAUGCCAAUCGUUACUUAAAUUCAUUUUCUUCGCCUCUAAUGGCAGUAUUAGCCAAAAAUAUAUUAUUUAUAUCGGGAGGUUUACUGCUGCUCCUCCUCGCUUUAGGCAUAUACGAUGAAUAUGUAUUUCAAGUGGAACAUAUGCUGACAAUAAUCACUGUACUUUCGGUGAUCGGUUUAAUAUGCCGUAAUAUGAUACCGGAUGAAAAUCUGAUUUGGUGUCCCGAGCAACUAAUGACUGCCAUUUUAGCUCAUGUUCAUUAUUUACCCAGCAAUUGGAAAAAUCAGGCGCACACUUCAUUGGUGCAAAAAGAGUUUGGCAACUUCUUUCAGUUUAAGGCUUCCUAUUUCCUCAACGAAAUUAUUAGUCCUCUUAUAACGCCCUUCCAACUUUUAUUUGUAUUUCGCCCGAAAGCCCUGGAGAUAGUGAAAUUCUUUAGAAGUUUUACCGUGUCUGUCAGAGGUGUAGGCAAUGUGUGCUCUUUUGCCCAAAUGGACGUUCGUAAGCAUGGCAAUCCAGAAUGGCAAAUGGAUAUAUCUGCAACCUCGCUUCAUCAAUCCGAGAAUAUGGCCGCAGCCACCACAAAUGGCAAAACAGAACUGUCUUUGUUGCACUUCACGCUAACCAAUCCCGAAUGGCAAAUGCCGCCCGAAGCUCUGGACUUCGUUAAGGCUGUGCGACAAACCGCUUUAACUGAUUUAAGCAAAGCUGCCGCUGUAGGUGGUGUAGCAGUCACCAAACAAAAGAGGGAUUUUGCCAAUCUGAAUCCAUUAACUGAAAGUCUUCUUUCAUUUGGAACCAUACAGGAUGAAUACUCGUCUGUAGCCAAGUCUCUACUGUUCCGACACAAUGCUCAAAUUCCCAAGAACUCCGAAGGCGAACAAACAGCCGGCCAACAGUGUCAAUGCUAUUUUGAACAAAUGCUACAACAGAGUCUGGGGGCGGCUGACCACUCGCAUUUAACGGACCAUCUUCCUGCACCCUCAAAGAAAAUGAAAAGAUUGCGUGUAUCAAAGCUAGAAGGCAGCUUAGAUGGUCCUUCACAACAGCAAUCUCUUAUUUAUAGUCUUUAUGGCCCCGAUUCGUUGUGGGACAAUAAACCGAACGAUCUGACGGUGGCCGAUAUGUGUUUGAGUGCACUAUAUAUGCAUGAAAUUCAUCACAAAGCUAAGAAGUCGCCUAGUGGUGAUCAUUGUACUGAAAUUGUAGAGGAAGGCAAUAACAGACCUCGUAAUGUCGUCUUUACCGAUACAAUAGUGACAUCCUCGUCAGCUGUGGAGACUACGCCAUUAUUGGGUCUACAGUCAUAGCAUCAACUUAAUUGGUUAUAAAAUUAUUAAGAAUUUAGUUUUGUCCUGGGAGGUAGAGAGAGAGCAAGAGAGCACCAGAAAAAAAUGUGUAAAAAAAUGAAAUCAAAAUCUUACAAUAAUAAAAAAAUGUGUUUAAAAAUUUAAA